CUUCCGGCUUCUCUUCGCCCGGGAUGCCGCUGAGUCCUAGUUUCCGCCUUAUUCCUGAUCGCGUUAUAAACAAUAAACAUGGCUGCCGCAGAACUGAACUGGCUGCUGGUCCUGAGCUCGGUGUUUGUGUGUAACGUCGUCAGGACAUUAUUACCGUCCAUUUCCUCAUUACUGUCAAAGAUACUGCAGAAAGAUGCGGAGCAGGAAAUGGAGAUGCGAACAGAAAUCCAGAACAUGAAGCUGGAGCUUUCGUCUAUAAGCAUGAUGGAUGAAUUUGCCAGGUAUGCAAGGCUGGAGCGCAAGAUAAACAAGAUGACGGACAAGCUGAAAACUCACGUGAAAUCGAGGACGGCUCAGCAGGCUAAAAUGAAAUGGAUUGUCAACAUUGUUUUCUACAUCCUUCAAGCCGUGCUCAUGAUCUCACUAAUCUGGAAGUAUUAUGCAGACCCAGUGACUGUGGUUCCCAGUAAGUGGAUUUCACCACUGGAAAGACUUGUAGCUUUUCCAUCUGGAGUUGCAGGUGGUGUCGGAAUUACAUGCUGGUUGGUGGUCUGCAACAAAGUGGUAGCCAUUGGGAUUCAUGCUUUUAGUUAAUUCUGUCUACAACUGUGGAAACUCUUUACAAGAUCUCCAAACCAUUUUUUUUGUUAGUUUUUUGAAGCCCUUGAUCAGUAAAGACAAACUGUGCAGUCUGUUUAAAGACAGUUUGGCUGCCAAAUUUUGAAUUUCUGCCCUUGGUGAAUUUCAGGUCAGUUGAUCAGUUUAGUCGCUUUUUUCCGUUGUAUAGCAAAUGGAGAAAAAAAAACUUGCUUUUUGUUGUAAAUUUGUCAUUUUGAUCAAGAAUUUGUGCCUCAUUCCACAUCAUUCAUAUAACAUUACGGAUUAUUUUAAAUUAUGUAAAUACAGCUGUGUUGCUUUAUUGCACUUUUGUAUAAUGAUGGUCAUCAGUGCAUUUAAGAAAUGUUUCCUAAUAGUUUACAGCUAAUGAACAUUCCUGAGCAAAACGUAAAGCAAAUAGAACUGGAUAAUAAUAAUACACUAGUGACGUAACUCUGGUUCAGUUUACACUGGAUAACAGCCAGGGACGAUGAAUGUCAUGUGGAAACCUUCUCGUGUAAAUACUUCAUCAUGUGGUCACUUUAGUGGUGCACAAUAAGGUGAUCUUCACCAUUCCUGGUGUUUAAGAGACCCAAAGCAGUGAGAAACUGAAGCUGCUUUGUAUUUAUUGAUCUUUGGUUUUAUUUUGUGUUGUAAUCAAUUGAAGUAAAAGUGCACAAAUCAAUUUGAGGAACAGCCUCAUUUCAUUUUAAUGUGGAAAAAAAGAUUGUUUAUCAUUGUAAUGAUGUCUGUCCAUCUAUACUAUCUAAACUAUUGUGUGUCUUCAGUUAUUUGAUAGAGUAGCAUUGCUCCACUGUGGGGGAAAAACACUUACUAACCCUAACCCUAACCCUGAUGUUUGAAUUUAUCACCUUGAUCAUUGUACUCAUUUAUGCUCCAUUAAUCAGGUUUCAUUAAAUAAAACCAAAUAUCUGAUCAAA